AUGUCUGACACAGUCGAUUUGCUGGGCUUUCCAGUGAAGCAGCUGACGGAGGAGGAGGUGAACGCCCGGCGGCGGGCCGCUUCUGAGGAGAAUGCGCCCGCGCGGCUCAAAUGGUGGACGAAGCAAGCCCCGAAAGUCAAGCCAGGCGUCACUCCCAAGGGGAAGCUGAAGAGGAUGAUCCGCGGCGGCAUCCCACAUGAGCUACGUCCCACGGUGUGGCCCAGGCUGGCCGGCGUGGACGCGAAACGCGAGAAACUGGGCGCCAACUACUACUCGAAGCUGGUGAAGAAGAUCUCCAAGGUCCCGCACGCCGUGAAGACGCAGAUAGACAUGGACAUUCACCGCACGUUCCCGGGGCACCCGCUGAUCAAGUCGCCGCGCGGCGCGGACGCGAUGCGGCGCAUACUCCUGGCGUACGCGCUGCACAAUCCGCAGGUCGGCUACACGCAGGGCAUGAACUACGUCGCCGGAUUCCUGCUCAUUGUGUUGGGCGGCACCGACGGCGACCGGCUGGCCAGCGGCGGCGAGGAAACCGCCUUCAUGAUCCUCCUGUGCGUCAUCGACGACAUCCUGCACUCGGAGCUGUUCGGGGACGACCUCAUUGGCCUCCACAUAGAGAUGGCCGUGCUGCGCGCCCUCGUCAGCAUGCGCGCCCCGCGCGUCGCCACGGUCUUCGAGCGCCUCCAGGUCCCCAUUUCGGUGGUCUGCACGGAGUGGUUUCUCGGCAUGUUCACCCGCGCCAUGCCGUCGGAAACCGUCGCGCGCAUCUGGGACUCGGUGCUGUCCGAGGGCGUCAAGGUCGUCUUCCGCUUCUCCCUCGGCCUCCUCCUCACGUCGGAGCCGCGCCUCCUGCCCUGCGUCCACGUCGGGCAAGUCAUCCAGGUCAUGCGCACCCGCUGCGAGCGCAUGCACGACAGGCAGCGGCUCGUGAAGGCCGCGUUCGACGUGAAGCUCAAGCGCGACGAGAUCAGCAAGCUGCGCGUCUCCAAGGGCGAGGAGGUGAGGGAUCAGAUCUCGAAGAAUGCUGGAAGCCGACUCGGGAAGCAAAUGGCACGGAUCACGGGGGCGAUGAACGUGCAGGACAGCCCCGACCGCAACAGACUCGACCUCGCCGUGAACGGCAUGGCGCCGGCGCUGGGCGCGCAGAGCAACCGGGAGACGGAGAACGCGUCGCAGGGGGAGCCGGGGCACUCCAUCGCGAAGAAGUCGAUGGGCGGGCAGUCGUCGCGCAAGGGCGCUGCCAUCGCGCGCGUGAGCUCCAAGGGCGGCGCCAUUGCGCGCGUCAGCUCGUCCAAGGGCGCUGUGUCAGGGAAAAACACCCCCAGGGCGCCGUCCGCGCCGAGGUCUCGGGGCACGUCAGCCGGCGUGCCCCAGCGUUCCUAG